AUGUCUGUUUCAGCGGCAUCAGGGACCGAAUCGGACAACCAGGCUAUGGACUUGACGUCACUGAAAGACGCGAUCCAAUCACCAUCAAAGCCGAAACAACCAGGGAACACCUUAAUAAAACCCAAAUCGGCCUCCAAGAAGCGGCGCAUGAAAGCCAGAGCCAAGGCAGCGGCACAACGCGCAGAAGCGGUAGAUGCUGCGAGGCAUCAACUCGGGUCCUGCCCAGCGACGACCAAACCUAAAGGGGAGGCGUCAACGAGUGGACCCAGUGCACCUGCAACUGGGACGAGGGCCGUUCUGGCUGCUGGCACACAAAAGCGCAGCAUGAAACCGCGAGGUCGUAAGAAACCCAGGACAAACGACCCAAAAAACGAGGCAAGACCGCAAAAGCGUACACGUCCAGAAGACACCGUCACACCAACCGGGGAAGGGGUUCUAUGA